GCCUGGCUGGACUUCGAAGAGAAGGCGCUACAGCGCUGCGGCGCCUGGAGAGGAACGGAGAUGGUGCAGGUCUUGCAUGCCUGCGCCAUGGCGCAGAGACGACCAAAGAGGCUGCUGGCCAAGCUGGCAAAGGACAUUCCUGACAAGCUGCCUCAGUUCGACGCAUCUGCUCUUUGCGUUUGCCUGCACACCUUCGCACAGCUGCGCUCACGCGAUGCCUCCCUGUUUUCGGUUGUGACGCGGCGUUUGCUUCAUCCGGAUCGAAAAGACGAGCUAACGCCUUCGCAUCUCUCCUCGUUGCUGUACUCGCAUGCGCGAGUCCUGCAGUAUGACAAAGGCCUCGUCAGGCUGACGCAGAGAAGCUUGGCAGACGACCAGAGUCCCUUCGAACUGGAG